GCACAGAAAAAUUUUCUUUCCGAGAUUUUCUGUGUCCUCUGUUGAGGAGCAGAGAGAUGGCCUCUGUGAUGUCCUUAUUCACCGGUCUCUGCGGCUUCCGGAAAAAACCUCCGGCACCGGAAAAAGAAUCCGGAGAACGAUCAUUCUCGCCGGAGAAGGAGACGGUCAAUACGAAAACCAAUGGCUUGCAGCCAGAGGAACCACCAAAGAUGCGCCAUUCAAAUGCGUCGGAGAUCGAUCCCGACGCGGCGAAUCUCGAGCUCCCUUUGCCUCCUGCGAGGAAAGCGUUGCGAGAAACGAAUUCGUUCAACAACAAGGCGAUGAAAUCGGCGCCGAGGAAGAAACUGAGCGCGAGCCUGUCGAUUCAAAUCACCAAAGCCAUGUCGAUGAGCGUGAGGCGGGACGGGGAGGCCGAGAAGUCGUCGAGGAAGAAGAAAUCGAAGGCCGAGAACUCGAUUCUCGUCCGUCCCAUCAUAUUGGGAGAGAAAUGUAGGGGUUUUGAUGACGACAGUGACGAAGAUUCCGCCCUAAGGAUGCAGAGGAACAGAACGUAUCACCCGAGAUCGAUGAGUUCGAUAACUCUUUCGAGAACUAACUCGAGGAUCGAUCCGAACGCGAUUCCGGAGAAAGAAAUACCGAUAGAUUCGGCCAGAAACGAAAGGAAAGAAAGGGAAACGGAAUGAAAAACAGACUCGAUGUCGUGAUAUCGGCAUGAAGAUGAGAGCGAAAACGUUUGGAUUCUGCAUGAAAGAAGCAAAAUUAGGAUCAUUUCCUCGGCUGCAGAAAACAAGGGUACGAUUCGGGGCCGAGGACAUUUCCUACGGUUCAAAGGCGUGCCGACGCACAAGAAUAACGAAAUGGAUUCUCCGUUUGUUUAUCGGUAAAGUCGGAUGUUUUCAGAGAUAAACUUGUGUUCAUGAGAAUUCGGUCUUGGUAACA